AUGUCUUUUCGAAUGCUCUUGUCUACACUCUUGUCACUCCUUGCCUUAGAGGCUACCAUUGCCUUCCAUCAUCCUCUAACCACGAAUCAACGCCAUUCGUCACAAAGGCAAUCAUUUUUUAGUCAACCUGAAAACUAUCGACGACUUGCAACGACGACAUCCUUACGAUCGGAAAGUGCAGAAGAUGGUUCGUCUGGGGGACUCAUGUCCAUGGGUGACUCGAUAAAAUCUCAAUUAGCUUCAGCGUUUUCGGCUUUGGACGAAACUGAUCAAUACGAUGCCGUUUUGACAGGACUUUGCGCAAAAAUUCUGGAUCAGCCAUCGGAAGAUCUAGCUCAAGUUUCCGAAGCUUUGCAAGAUCCGAUUCAAUUGAUGGAAGAAAUGAACGCAAGAAGAAUCAAGGCAGGUAGCCGAUCUCUCAUGGCACUCAUCGAUGCUGCAGUGACUUCGCAAGAUGCCAAACUCGUCGGCAAGAUUUUGUCCUUGGGAGCUCGAAAUGGAAGAAUUGCCCUAUUUGGUAACUUGCAAACUGAUUUUCUCCCACUUCCUACGGCUCGCAUGUCCAAAGUCCGUUGCCCCGAUGGUGUCACUAGAACAAGAGGAGAACGCUUGGAUUUGCUUCCUGAUAUCCCAACCGACGAGAGAGAGAAGGAAAUUACUAGCGCCUUAAUCGUUGGCAGUAUUUUGGCUUUUUGUGGGACUGUAAACGUUUUGGGAAUGGACGAGAUUUCACCUGCCACCAACUUUGUCUGGUUCCUGAUUCUCACCGUUGGAGCACUCGACAACUUUUAUGAUAUCAUCAAAUUUGCCGUCAAGAAUAUUGCACGAGACAAGCUAGGAGAUUUGCCAAAGGAAUUGCCACUUUCCUUGGGUUCGGGACAAGUAUCAGGGACUGUUGUCAAGGGAUUCAAUCGAGUAUUGAAGGUAGACACCGAACGGGAGUGCGAAUGCGAGGCAGCCUCUUUCUUCAUGGCAUAUUCUCUUGGACUUCCAUGCUUUUCCUUCCGUCCCAAUGCUUUGGAAGCUGCCGUGUUGGUAGCAGAGUCGAAUCAAAGUAACAACGAUCUUGAUCCCCUCCUCACCAACACUGGGAUAAUGAAAGUGCUUGUGUGGCUCAUGGCACCUGUAGCAAUGGAGAGCAUUAAGCAUCCGGAAUUGAUUCACUCAGACCCUCGAGAAGCAGAAGGUUUCCUCUCCAGACUGCAGCGAUCUAAUCUCAUUGACAAUGAUGCUCUCUGGUGGCUACAAGAAGGACCCGAAGAGGUAGAAGACAUGCUCAAAUGGGCCUACACCGAAGCCGACCUGAUGCUCCGAACGAACAUGGAUAAGGUUACGGAAAUAUCAAAGCGAUUGACGGGUGGAGCAGCCACUGUUGCCGAUUGUGUUGCUGCCACCGAGGAGUGGUGA